GUCAACAAACACCAUCUCGCGACGCGUCUGGCCACACUCCAUCCAUGCACGAAUUCUUCCACUCGAAAACACCUCGAAACCCUCUACAAACCCACCAUCAACUACAACAACAAACCUACCCAUCCGACCAGUCACACAAUCAUCCACCUGCCCGCCCAACCAACCAUGUCCGCCCUCAAAUUCAAACUCCUCUGCGGCACCCCAACCGACGAAGAAACCUCCACCUCCACCUCCACCUACUUACCACCAAGCCCCCAUACACCAGCAAACCCACCCACUACAACCGCCCCAACCCUAACGCUCACACCCACAAACCCACCCCGAAAACAAACCAACCCACCCCAAAGCAAAAACCACACCUUCAACCUCCACUCCGCCCGCGCCCCCUGCAUCGCCUACUGGACAUCCACAUGCCCGUCCACCACCACCUCAAACCCACAAUCACAACCCACGCCCUGCCCCUACAGCCACACCCGCUACCCGCCCUACUUCAACAACAAACCGCACGAGCGCCGCGCCGCCGUCCUCCGAAACACCCAAAACACCCAAAACUCCAACCUCACCGCCACCCACACCCACAACAAAACGGAAAAACAGGGCGUGGCAGCAGUCGGACAAGGGCAAGGCGAACAAGUGAGAAUAGGGCAGCUUCUCGAAGCCCGUGAGCGGGAGAUUGAGUUGCUGAGGAGGAGGUUGCGCGAGGAGGAGAGGUUGGUGCGGGAUUUGACGGGGUAUUUGAGGGUUACUUGGGGGUUUUUGGAGAGGUUGAGGCGGUGA